AUGAAGGUGUUUCUGUCUCUUCUGUUGGUUGCCAUCACUUGCAUGGAGUUUGUACACUCCUUGAAAUGUUAUAGUUGCCAUGAACCCACCACUUCUGAUAAGUGCAUGAAGAUUCAGACCUGCAAGAAGAAUGAGACCAUUUGCAAGACUACCAUGUACUCCUUGGAGGAUGUUUAUCCCUUCAUGGGAAUAUCAACGGUCACCAAGAUGUGCUCUUCCGUCUGCCUCCCAUCUGACGUGGACGGGAUUGGCAUGACGCGCCCUGUCUCCUGCUGCUACUCUAACUUGUGCAAUGUUGAUAGUGAUGGUGCAGCUAGUCUGAGGACCAGCUUUGUGCCAGUUGGGAUGCUAGCAAGCUCCAUUUGUGCCUUCUUCUGGACAAGACUCUGAGAAGCUGAUGGAGGAGGUCUUUCACGCUGAAGAACUGGAAGAAAAAGAGAAUAAUCCUCUACCAGCCCAACUUUCUGUUUGGAUGCCUCACAGACAACCCUCAACAGCUCCUAGAAAUUGCUGGUUUAGUUGCUGCCCUAUUGCCACAACCAAGAGAGAAGCACUACUCAAGAAGUCCCAACACAAGUUUUUGAACUGACUUUUCACAGCUCCCUCAAACCUUGCUAUGGAGUCUGUUUGCUGUGCUGGUCUGAUUGGCUUGAAUUGAAAAGUAAUACACUGUAAAAAGUGUAUGUUAAGAAGCAGAACUUUGUAUUAGAU